AUGGCAAAUGAGUUCCUGCGUGCAGCGACUGCUGCUGCAAUACGAAAGCGACUUCCUUGCGCCCGUUGUGAGCCAUUAGGUUACACAGCGGUGCCCCACAUUUAUAUAUCUCAGGGCCAUCUUCUGCUCCGAAACCGCGAGUACGAAUGUACAAGCGGGACAAACGGGAUGCGUUCGCUGGAGCCGCCUAUGAAGAUGAUGUCGAGCUUCAUUUCAUGGCCCUUUAUUUGCUCCUGCCGCUGCCUUAGCACAUUUGCCUCUCAUAACCUCAGCAGCAGAGGCAAAAGGAGCACCACAAGCGUCAGCAGAAACAGCAACAGUGAUAGCAGCAACGGCCACGCGAAACACACCCAGAGGUCCUCUGCUGAUGCGGAUGAUCUGCCUGGGUUUACAGUAGUGACUGACGCUAGCAGCCACUGGUUGCCUUGCUUGGCAAAAGCCAAAAUACGACAAGGUGUCUCCUUCGGAAGAAUAUCUGCUGCCGCCAAAGGAGACAGCAAGUCAGCAGAUGUGGAGACUGUUGACAGGAGAGCUAUGUCUGUUGUUAAAAAGGCGGGCUUGUGUGUCCCAAAGGCUGCCAUCGUGCUAUUUACUGCUGAAUGGAGUGGCGCCUGUCGAGCGCUGCGGGAGUGGCUCUCUCUUCGUGUCUCCUCUUUACAGCAGUCCCUUCGCCGCAGCAGAGAAGAAGGGAAAACUGCUGCUUUGGAGCUAAUAGUGGCCACAAGUGAAAAGGCUCCCAUGUUGCUACAGACUUUUGGGGUCUCUUCGUUGCCUCAUUGCCUGCUGAUGCUUGACGGCCGCGUCGUUGAUGAGUUGCCUGCUGGUGCCUCAGACGCGCGUAGGGAGGCCUUGAUGGCUGCGGUUUCUCUGGCCAUGUCGACAGGUUCCUCUGGAACGGAAGCUUCUCUUCUGCAUCAGCUGAAGGAGGGUCUCUUCUCGCCACUGAAGGGCAGGGAUCUCGGAAGCCAUCCACCUGUGCGCAGAGGUUCCUCCAUCAUUAACAAUGGCGCAGGUCUUUCGGCGUUUCAGUCACCCGUGAAACUGGGCAGCGAAGACAAGCAAAAUGAACGCUCGUCACCGGCUGGAUAUUUGCUGGAUGCAGACGAACGCGCAGCGCGCUUGGCAGCCCGCGGCACCGUUGCUUUGUUUGAUGUUCCUCAACUCAAGACAACGGCAAGCCGCGCAGCCCUGCUGGAUCUGGAGGCAGUGCAUGAGGUCAUUUCUUGGGCUAUGGAUAUCCGGCAAGGGUCAUCAGGAACAAAGUUACGAAAAGAUGCACUGCCCGCCUCCAUGGAUAUGCGUGGAGCCCUGCAGGAGCUUACUGGAACUGAAGAACCGCUAUGGGCUUCGGACGACUGUCCCAUUAUCCGGUGUUUGCCGUUGUACAAUCAGCUACUCCUAAACAAGAGCUUGUUCACCAAGGCGCGCGGCGCGCAGCCCCUUCCACCGCCGGCAGUCUCAACGGCAGCAUCUUCAGACGACGCGGGGAAAACAACGUGUUUUGCUGAUGACUGUAUGAGCGUUCCUCUUUGGAAAUUGGCAGAAUGGCUAGCUAGGACUCGUCGCUGCUUAGCUGCUCGUCUUUUCCUGGACAAGACUGAAUCGGCGGGGUUGAAACUGGCGAUGAAGAGCCACGUGGACUGGCUCACAGUCGCAGCGAAGUGUAAUUAUAUGCGAAUAGAUGUCAACGGGGAUAGAGACGUUGAGCGAGCGGUCGCUGCGCAGAGCUCCUUGCAACAUGUGACGUGGAAGGCUUGCACAGAAGCCAAGAGAACUGGCGUGCACCCAUUCAACGUUUGGUUGGAGCCGCGAGCUCCCAGUCCGGGUCGGACCCUUCUUAGCUGCAUGUACGCAGCGUUGGGGCCGGAUGACCGAAGAGUUCAGGAUAUAAUGGCGCAGUUCGACGUGGCGGUGAGGCCGCAGCGACUUAAGCAGGCACCGACGAAUAGUGCCUACGAAUAUUAG